AUGGCGCUUAGCCGGCGGCGGCGGCGGCGCUGCCGGGCGCUGGUGCUGGGCGCGCUCCUCUCGCUGGCCGGCACCUACCUCUGCUACAGCCUCCUCCUCUUCUGCUGCGCGCCAGAGCCGGAGCCGCUGGCCAGCGGGGAGGCGGCGGCAGCAAGAGCAGCAAGAGCAGCCUCUCCCCGGACGGCCGCCCGCUGCCUGCCUGCUGCUGCCGCCGCCCGCAAAAAACUUCUGCAGAAGUGGCGCGCCUGCCCGGCUGCUGCCAGCGCCACCGCCACGGCCGGCAACGGCUCCUUCUCGCCGCCUUCGCCUUCGCCACCGCCGCCGCCUGCCUCCCGGAACGGGGGCACCAAGCGGCUCCCGCACGCACUCAUCGUGGGCGUCAAGAAAGGCGGCACCCGCGCCGUGCUGGAGUUCAUCCGCGGGCACCCUGCCGUGCGCGCCCUCGGCACCGAGUCCCACUUCUUCGACAGGCACUACGAGCGUGGUCUGGAGUGGUACAGGCGCCUGAUGCCCCGCACCCUGGAGAGCCAGAUCACCAUGGAGAAGACGCCCAGCUAUUUUGUCACACGGGAAGCCCCCCGGCGGAUCUUCAACAUGUCUCGGGAGACCAAGCUGAUCGUGGUGGUGCGCAACCCAGUAACGCGGGCCAUCUCUGACUACACCCAGACGCUCUCCAAGAAGCCUGACAUCCCCACCUUUGAGGGCCUCUCCUUCCGCAACCGCAGCCUGGGCUUGGUGGACACUUCCUGGAGCGCCAUCCGCAUCGGCCUCUAUGCCCUGCACCUGGAGAGCUGGCUCCAGUACUUCCCGCUCUCCCAGAUGCACUUUGUCAGUGGUGAGCGGCUCAUCACCGACCCGGCGGGGGAGAUGGGCAAGAUCCAGGACUUCCUGGGCAUCCAGAGGCUCAUCAGCGAGAAGCACUUCUACUUCAACAAGACCAAGGGCUUCCCCUGCUUGAAGAAGGCCACCCCCGGAGGCACGUUGCCGCGCUGCCUGGGCAAGUCCAAGGGCAGGACUCAUGUCCAGAUCGACCCCGAGGUCAUUGAGCAGCUGCAGGACUUCUACCACCCCUACAACGUCAAGUUCUACGAGACGGUGGGCCAGGACUUCCGAUGGGAAUAAGCACUUGGACAGGGAGCAGCUGUGGGGGUUUUUUUUGGGGGGGAGUUUCAUACAAACAUAGGAAGCUGCCUUAGACUGAGUCAGGCCAUUGCUCCAUCUAGCUGACUGGCAGUAGUGGCUCGACAGGGAUUCAGGAAGGGGACAUUCCUAACUCUUCCUGGAGAUGCCACAGGAGGGGAUUGAACCUGGGACCUUCUGCAUGCAACGCAGGUUGCUCUGUCACUGAACUACGGUCCUUCCCCUUAGGAAUAAAGACCCCAGUCCUCAUUAUUCUGAAUGAACGAAGGAAGCUGCCUUCUGCUGAGUCAGUGUCCAUCUAGCUCAGCAUUGUCCACACUGACUGGCAGCGAUGGCUCUCCAGGGUUUGCAGGCAGGAGUCCCUCCUAACCCUUCUUGGAGAGGCACCAUCAGGCAUCGAACCAGGAACCUUCUGCUUGCAAGGCAGGUGCUCCAACCCCUGAGCUACGGCCCUUCUCCCUCCACCCCCUCCACUGGGCUGCCUUGGCCUUCCUCUUGGCCCGUGGCAAAUGGUUGGCAGGAGCAAACAUCCUGAAGUGCCAAGGGGUGCCUGUCACCACCACCCUAAGUUCACUGGUUUGUGGCCACACACUGCCAGUGCCUCCUCCCCUGGUUGCAUUUUUGCACAUGGGCAGCUGGGGUGGGGGAGCUCAAGAAGGUCCCUUUGUUUGGUGCAAUGAGGGUGUGUGAUGCCCAAGG